CUAUUCUAGCCUUUUAGAACCUAUACUUAAAUUUUAUUUUUGUGAAUAAAACUUGAAAAAUUUAAAUAACAUUUUGUAAGCAACAAAAUAAUAUUGUUAAUGGUCUGCUUUGUAUGUCACACAGCCCAUAACCAGUUGCAUAAUAUAUAUAUAUAAUAUUACUUAAGUAUACUUUUCCCAAGAGUAUUAAUUUUUUUAAAUAUGACUUGUUGUUUUUUUCUCAUAUUGAUUUUGCUGUUAGUCAUUAUUCUUCAUUGUGCAAUGCGUGGGAUAUUAUAUCGAAAUAAAAGAAAAAGAAAUAUAUUAUGUACUAAAUGACUGUCUAAAUUAUUUCAGUCUUUAAAAAUAUUUUCCUUGAUCAAAUGUAUUUAUUGUUUGCAAAUAUAUGAUUUGCAAUUCGUAAUACCAACUAAACUGAUAUGAGACUGUUGUCUGUUAGCUUCAUGUUAUAUUAUACUUUAAAAUCUUCAAUAUCAUUAGUUAAAAUUAAUAUAGCUUAAAUGACUGCAAAGUGCCAUUUAAGUGCAGCGCUCUAGUACCCUGUGUGAAAAUAUUCUUGGGUAAGAAGCCAGCCAGGCUUCCAUGAAUUGAAAGUUUAUAGAAUUAAUAGAUAUAGGCAAUUCAAUUGGGUUUAUCACUGACAGGGCUGAACCAAUUUUUUUGAUUUUUAGUAUGUGAUAUUCACAAACAUAACCUAUUUAAAAAAAUACAUGAAGGUCUUACUGUUUUAGAAUCAAAAGUAACCAAGUUAAAAAAUGUAGUAUUAGUUUGAAUAUUAAAUAUUGAAAAUAUUUUUGUAAUUACAAAAAUAAUGUAUUCCAUACAAAUGCAAUUAUCAUCAUACAAUUCACAUAUAUAAUACAUUAUGGUGUAUUCAAUAUACAUAUAUAUAAUUGAGAACACAAUGUCUUACACAGUUACACCAGGAUUCUUCAAGCUACGUCCCACAACCACAUUUGGUUCAUUUCAACAGAUAAAUUUUUUUUACUCACUAACUGCCACAAAUAAUACAAAAAUUAACCUCAUAUUACUAUUUUUUUUUCUUUGAAGUACAUACAUAUUUUACACAUUUUAUUUAAUAUUAAACAAAACUGUAGUACACUUUUUGAAGUUUAGGAAAAUAUGCUACACAAAAUUAAAAUUAAUCCUUAAGCGUCUUAACAAUAAAUACUUUCACUUAUUUAUUAUGUCCAUUUAGUUUCUAUUAUCUAUACGACUUAUGAUUGUAAAUGUAAUUAGGUACUGAUUAAUUGGGGCAUAAAGCCCACAUUUAUAUGUAAAUGCAUAUAUUUGAAUACUUCUACACUUAACUUAGAAUAAUUCUGAUAAAAUAUAUCAACAGUCCGUAAUGAAUGGAUUCUAGAAAAAUUUUUUAUUUUUUAAUAUUUUUGCCUAUUUGAGUUACAACUUGCAAAUAUAAAUUACAUAUUUCUUGAUUUCAUAUAAAUUUUAAAUUGUAUUAAUAUUACAUACAAUUUUGAUUAGUUUUUGAUAUUAUACCUAAAGGCUAGUAAUUAUUGUUAACACAUUUUACGGUUGUUCAGUGUUCUCUCCUGGCCCCUGGGCCGGAGUAUAAUUAUUAUUUAUUAUAUAUUUAUGUGAUAUUAUAUUAUGCGAUUUGUUUUUAGUAAAAAUUAAUUCAACUCACUAGUGAUAAAAUUACCACUAUUCUUAUUUAUUUAUUAAUAUGCUAUAUGCAAAACGGGCUUGUGCCAAAAAAAAAAUAUGGCACCUACUACCUACAACCUACUACCUAUAAUAGGCAUGGCUAAAUAACUAGGUAUGAUCACAUAAUUACUAAAUUUGGUUCAAUGAGCGCAUUCAUGGAAAAAAAAGCUAAUUUAUCAUUCUUUCCAUUGAAUUAUGACGUCAACCGGCAGUAAAUUUUUAGGGCACUGCCAGCCGUUUUGGCGGGUUCGGUCUCCGUUUAAAACAGAUGUUACAGGACCACAGGCGCAAAUAAUAUCGACAGUGUGUCCCUUGACUUAAUAUUAGCUUAAUAGAUUGUUCAUAUUGUAUUAUUAUGUAUCUAAUUUCAUAUUUAUGUACAUAUAUGUAAUUUAUAUUAUAUUAUGUACUAAUUAGCAAUUAUUCAUAACAAUAAACAAAGUAACAAUUUGUAAGUCAUUAUUGUUCUUGCUUUCUUGGUCUUGUAUUGUUGUAUAUUUGAACCUUGCAAUCCUUGUAGUAUUAUUAAAAAUGUCUUGGUGUACAGUAAAAUACUGUGAAAUAAAUAAAAAAAAGAACCAUAAAGAUUCUAAUGUACGGUUUCAUAGAUUCCCAAAAAAUCCAGUUUUUGAGAAUAAAUGGAUUUUAGCAUGUGGCAAAUCAAAUGUGAAUGCAAAGUCUGCUAGAAUCUGUUCAACUCAUUUUGAGGAUGACUCUUAUGUAAAACCAUUAAUUGAAAAAUUGUUGGAAUAUUCUCCCCGUCAUAAACGAAAAUUAAAACAAGAUGCGAUUCCAACAAUAAAUGUACAUGGUCCAAAUCAAAAAAUCAAAAAUCUUGAUUUUAAAGUUCAAUCAGAUACUGAAAUUUGUGAUGACAAUUUAAAGGACCCAAAACUUACUGAGAUUGGAACUCUAUUAGAUUCUGAAAUUAAUAAAGACCAAGACAUUUUAGAUGAUAGUGGAUACAAUUGUGGGUUGAAUUCAUCUAAUAUAAAUAAUGUCAGUGUUACAAAAAAUGAUGACAUUGAGAAUAUUGAAAUUAUUCCUUCAGAAAUAAUGACCAAGUAUAACGAGGCUGAAAAAGAAAUUUCAAGGUAUAAUGUAUAUUAUUAAUAACCAAAAAUAGUUGUUAGCUUUGUGUGUUUUUACUAAAAAUAUUAAUUGUUGGCAUUUUUGUUGUUGUGACCUAUACAUAGAUGAAAUUAGUAUAUUAGUAAAUUAGUAAAUAUUAUAAGCAGCAUUUAUUGUCAGGCUCUCAGGCUAAUGUGUUAUGUUAAAUUAUAUUAUAUAUUUACCUAUAUGUGCAUGUACGCUAACUACUAAGAAACUAAUAAUAUAUUAUAUUAAUAUAGUUCAAUUUGGAAGUGGCCAACUGGUGUCAUAUUAAAAUAUAAUUGAAGUUAACUCCCUUACUUUUUUAAUAAAUCUUUGAUAAACUAAAUUGAGUACCUACUAAAUAUAUAUUAUCUUAA